UCCAGGCAGCAACUCCUCUCUCUCUGAACAUGGAGGCUCCUGGGGAAGCUGAACUCUGCUUUCCCCACAUCAACACCUCCUGCAGGAGGACAACGGGUCCAUACGUGGAAACCAUGCUCACUUACACUGUGCUGUCCUGCAUCACGAUACUCACUGUGAUCCUAAACCUGCUGGUCAUCAUCUCUAUCUCACACUUCAAGCAGCUCCACACCACCACCAACCUCCUCCUCCUCUCUCUGGCUGUCGCUGACUUCCUCGUGGGUCUCCUGCAGAUGCCACUUGUUCUCCUGCAAAACCAAGGCUGCUGGUUCUUGGGCGACAUCAUGUGUGUCGUGCAUUACUUCUUCGCUGCCCUCCUUGUCAACAUUUCAGUGGGAAGCAUGGUGCUCAUAUCAGUCGACCGUUAUAUAGCAAUUUGUAACCCCAUGUUUUACACCACUAGAGUCACUCUGACCAGAGUUAAACUCUGUGUUUGUCUGUGUUGGCUAUGUUCCACUGUGCAAAGCAGUUGGAUAUUCAGGGAUGUCUUAAAACAGCCUGACAUGUAUAUCACCUGCUAUGGAAGUUGUGUAGUUGUAGUCGGUUUCGCUGAAGGAUUUGUUACUAUGAUUGCCACAUUUUUAGGCCCCAUUUUAGUCAUAUCAGUUCUGUAUUUGAGAGUAUUUGUGGUGGCUGUGUCUCAGGCUCGGGCCAUGCGCGCUCACGUGGCAGUUGUCACAGUGGAGCGUUCCCAGACUGUAAAAACAAUGAAAUCUGAGAUUAAAGCAGCCAGAACCCUCGGUAUCGUAUUGGUAGUUUUUCUUCUCUGCACAUGUCCAUAUUAUUGUUUUGCUGCUGCAGCUGAGACUACCUUGGUCGGGGCAUCAUCUUCGGUCAUUGUGAUUUGGUUAUUUUACUUAAACUCAACCUUUAACCCUGUGAUUUAUGUCUUUUUCUACCCGUGGGUCAGAAAAACCAUUAAACAUAUUUUUACUCUUCAAAUUAUGCAGCCUGGCUCCCGUGAAGUGAGUGUGACGUAGAAGGAAAGAGAGACUGUGAAGAAAAUAUUAAAUUGAAAUGUCUGAAAGCAUUCUGCUGAUUGUGUCAAACAUUUCUGUUUACUGGAUGCAAAGAUCUUUGUGUUUUAAUUCUGUGAAUUUUAAAAAGAAAAAAAAACGGCCACAAACUGUUAGGUUAAGUGAUGAUGACAUCACUGGCACUGAUGUCACCAGUACUUCAGUAGUUCAGUGGAGUGUGGCAAUUAAAGAAAGUAUGUGAGUGAUGAGUAAUAACACAAAUAGUCAUGGAUUAACAUUAUUAUUAUUAUUGUUGUU